AUGGGCUCCGUCCUAGACAAUGACUGCCUGCAGGCCAAUGGUGCCUAUGACGGGGAUGUUGCCAUCGUUGGGUUCUCAUUAAAACUUCCAGGUGAAGCAACAUCGCCAGAGAAGUUCUGGGAUAUGCUGCAAGCUGGUCGGACAGCCGCGAGUGAGUUCCCACCGGACCGCAUCAACUUGGAGGGCCAUUAUCACCCGGAUAAAUCACGCCUCGAUCAGAUGCCACUCCGCGGAGGAUAUUUUCUGAGUGAGAAGAUUGACCGUUUCGAUGCUCCAUUCUUCUCCAUCAGCCCCGCCGAGGCUGCAUGCAUGGAGCCUCAACAACGGCAUAUGCUUGAGACGUGCUAUCGAGCACUUGAGAAUGUACAUACUGGCAGCUUCACCGACGACUACCGAAGUGUGCUAUUCCAUGACCGAUUAGAGGGCCACAUGUACGCAGCAACAGGGUUAGCGAAUUCAAUCCUAGCAAACCGUAUCAGUUGGUUUUUCAACCUGAUAGGGCCAAGCUUGAACCUUGAUACGGCGUGCUCGUCGAGUCUCACAGCUUUACACUUGGCCUGCCAGGAUCUGCGGAAUGGAACCACGGAUAUGGGUCUCGUCGGUGGAUGUAAUCUUAUAUAUCACCCCGAUUAUAUGCUCAUGAUGAGCAAUAUGAGCUUCCUCUCGACGGACUCGCGAAGUUGGAGUCUUGAUGAGAAGGCCAACGGCUAUGCUCGAGGCGAGGGCUUCGGAGUCCUCGUCAUCAAGCGGCUCUGCGACGCUGUUCGAGAUGGUGACACGGUUCGGGCCGUCAUCCGCGCCACUAGAUUGAAUCAAGAUGGAAGGACGCCGGGCCUGACCAACCCAAGUGGUGCGGCACACAAGGCUUUGAUCCUGGAGGCGUAUUCUCAUGCCCAAAUCGAUAUGGAACCUACGCGGUUCUUUGAGGCGCAUUCUACAGGAACCCAGGCGGGUGACCCCACGGAGGCCAAUGCUGUCGGGGAGGCCUUUUCCAACGUCCGCUCUGCUUCUGACCCCCUAUGGAUUGGUGCAGUCAAAACCAACGUAGGCCAUUUGGAGGCAGGAAGCGGGAUGGCCAGCUUGUUCAAAGCCAUUCUAGUACUUGAAAAGGGUAUAAUCCCACCAAAUGCCUGCUUCGAAAAGCUUAAUCCACGCAUCCAGGCCGAUCGGUAUCAUAUUAAGGUUAACUCCUUCGGAUUUGGAGGUUCAAAUGGCGUAGUCAUUCUCGAUGAUGCUUAUCACUACCCUCGUUCCAGAGGUUUUGUUGUGCCCAAUCGCACAAGACCCGACCCACCGAGUCAGCAGGCAAUAGAGGUAAUCCAGUCUAGGCAUGAAAUGAUCUUACCUGAAUCUGAGGGCGUAAUGAUAUCAAAAUACCAACCGGGAGUAUUCGUGUGGUCCAGCAGCGAUGAAGACGGACUAAAACGCAUACAGUCCGACUUGUCGGACUUCUUUGCUCGCCACUCUGACGAGGACCUGACCACAGAUGAUUUCAAAGACAUAGCUUACACUCUCGGAGUGAAAAGGACUCAGCUUUCGUGGAGGCGCUCUGUUGCUUUCUCUAGUCUGGCCGACCUUAAAGAAAAGCUGACAUCUUCUCUUCCCAAGGGGAAGAGCACACAAGACCGUCACGCUGCUCUUGUAUUCACUGGACAGGGAGCACAGUAUGCCGGUAUGGGUCGCGGUCUGAUUACGACUUCUCGCGUUUUCCGGGAAAGUAUGAGGCGGAAUCAAAAGCUUCUGGGCUGCAUGGGUUGCGAGUGGAAACUCGAAGAUGUGAUGUUCGAUCUGGAAAGUCCAGAGGCAGCGUGUAUCGAUGAGCCUCAAUACAGCCAGCCUGUAUGCACAGCCCUGCAAAUUGCUCUGGUGGACUUGCUGUGGUCAUUGGGCAUAUGGCCGAGAGCCGUAGUCGGACACUCGUCAGGCGAAAUCGCAGCAGCAUACUCCACCGGUGCAUUGUCCAGGGAAAGCGCGCUUCAGGUCGCCUUUCAUCGUGGACGUCUCGCUGCCAAGCUUCGGACCAUAACAGACUGCAAGCUCUCUAUGAUGGCGGUUGGACUUGGAGCGGCCGAGGCAGAGACGCACCUUGCCAAGCUUGGCGAGCAUUUCAGUGGCACUGGGGGACGCCGAGUUGACAUCGCCUGCAUCAACAGCCCCAAGAACGUCACUCUUUCUGGUGAUGCGGAGCAGAUCGUGUUCCUGGAAGGCCUCCUUCACGAGAGAGGCAUCUUCGCUCGCAAAUUGAAGAUAGACAUGGCUUAUCACUCUCGGUUCAUGACGCCUAUUGCCCAGGAGUACCAAGACUGUUUGCGAAGUCUUCAUUCUGACACCCAGCACAACAGACCGAGCAUAAUGUUCUCAUCGGUGACGGGAGACAUUGUCUAUCCAUCAGACCUGGUGUCCCCAGAAUAUUGGGUCAAAAAUAUGACAAGUGCUGUGCGAUUCUCCGAUGCAGUUACAAGACUCUCUGCCCAGGCCGGGAGGAAACGCAAGGUCCUUGGUCAGAAGGCGAACAACAGAAACAACGCCCUGAGGAUCUCAGACAUGAUUGAAGUCGGACCACACCACGCGCUUCGUGGGCCCGCGAGAGAAAUUCUUCAAGCCGCAGGGAAGACUGAAACAAUUCAGUACCUGUCCACUUUGACACGUCCCUCGCCUUCCUCUCACACCGUUUCACAUCCCUCGGCACCAGGCGACAUGAUGGCACUGGCUGGAAGACUCUGGACUCUCGGAUACCCCAUUGAUCUGCUCGCGGCCAACGACUUGCCGCACAACUUACCCAGGGCCUUGCGAGUAGACUUGCCCGAGUAUCCCUUCAACCACACUCAAGUGCACUGGCGUGAAAGCCGUGUGGCGAGGAACUAUCGUCUACGAGAUACACCGCAUCAUGACUUCCUGGGAGUGCGAAGCGACGAUUGGAACGAGAAACAAGCCCACUGGCGGGACAUUGUUAGUGAGGCCCGCCUGCCGUGGCUGCGAGACCACAAGCUGGCAGGCGAGUAUCUGUACCCGGCUGGGGGGAUGAUCACCAUGGCAGUCGAAGCAGCCAGACAGCUCGUGGAUCCGAAAACACAUGCUUCGGCUCCGUCCAGCUUCGAGCUGCGGCAGGUGCAGUUUCUCAAUGCCUUCCGCUCACUUCAAGGCUCAGACAGCGGGAUGGAAACGAGAUUCACGCUCAUUCCGGAGGCACAAAAUCCACAGUGGUCUGCAUUUAAUCUAUUCAUAUACGAAGCAACUGGAUGGGUUGAGGUCUGCCGGGGCCAAAUUCGGACGUAUCACGACUCAGAUGAAUACGCUUCGGAGAUGACUGAGGGCGAAAGGCACGUGAAUCAUCACCUACAAAGAUGGAAUUCUCGCGAGUUCUUGAGGAGGUGCGCCAACACCAAUAAUUCCUUCAACAGCAAGACAUUCUACGAUAUUCUAUCCACUGAGAAUGACGCCGCCUACGGUCCUGCCUUCCAGACUCUGGAUAACAUCUCUGCCUCGGCCACCGGGGAGGUUGUGGCAGAUAUUCAUGCUCGAAAAUGGGCAGAGCAUUACAGCGACCAGUAUGUCUCUUCGCACAUCAUCCAUCCGGCGACCGUAGACGCCCUGUUUCAGCUUGUCUUCCCUGCACUGCUUGGUACGGGGAACACGGUGGUGCCAACUCACGUCGGAAGGAUGUGGAUCAACGCCCGCGGGCUGUCCAACCUCAGCCAACGAGGGCUUUCGAGGCUUCAAGCUCAAGGGUUGUGCACUACAAGAGGCCAUCGCGGGACUGAUGUCCGUGCGAGAGUCGUCGAUCCGGAGACAGGGCUGCCCUUGAUCGACUUGGAGCGUUAUGAGGCUACCAUCGUGGCUGGUAAUGAAGGAGCAGACAUAGAACCGAGGAAGCUGUGCGCCACCAUGCAAUGGCGUCCGGAUAUUGAUGCACUGGACAGCACAGCGCUGGAACGGGUCAUCACCGAGGAACAAGCACCCAAUGCCGGAGCUGCUCGAUCACAAUUCCAUGCCGAGCUGGAUCUGGUGAUCCGUCACUUCCUAUCGGAGGCCCUCGAAUUACUCAAGGAUGCCAAUGUGAAUCAGGAUUGCAGCAAGCAUGGAAGUAAUCUCAUCCGAUGGGUGAAGUACCAGACAGAUCGAGGCCUUUUUAAAGAUGGCGCAGCAAGGGCUCGUCAGGAGCGCGUGGCGCAGGAUGUCUCCUUCCGAGAGUCCAUAAUCGAGCGAAUAUCCAGUUCUGUCCCCGAAGGCCGGGUUCUGACACUGCUUGCUCACAACAUGCAUGCCAUUAUUCUCGGCAGAGUCGACGCCAAACAGCUCCUAGAAGAGGAUUCACUGGCACAUCAAUACGAGCAGAGAAUCAUAUCCGAGAGCCCUUGUACUCCGCCUCUCACCAGGUAUCUUGAUCUGCUUGGGCAUAAGAACCCUCAGAUGCGCAUCCUAGAGAUUGGAGCUGGCUCAGGUGCCAUGACUGAAGUGGUAACGAAGGCACUGUUGCAAGGAGGGCGCCCGAGAUGGUCUCAGUAUCACUGCACAGAUGUUUCUGGGGAUGGCUUUGAAGAUGCGCACCAGCGAUUUGAUAACUUAUUGAACCACAUGGAGUUUCGGGUAUUGGAGGCCACUGGUGACCCUACGAAGCAGGGCUUCGAGGACUCAACAUACGAUCUCGUGCUCGCUGGUAAUGUGAUUCAUAAGUUCAAGGAUGCAAAAAAGAUAAUCGAGAACGCUCAUAACCUUCUGAAACCUGGAGGGAGACUCAUAUUGCUCGAAGAUACGAACCCUGACGCCAUCCGUGCUGGUCUAUACUGUGGCGCAACAAAAGACUGGUGGAAUGAUAUCCAGGACCAAGGAAAAUGCACCCCUCUGCUUUCUGUCGAUUCAUGGUGUCAUGUCCUCCAGGGCUCGGGCUUUGGUGGCCCAGAAUUGGUCCUGAAGGACUCAGCGAACCCGGAACUUUGCGAAACCUCCAUACUUGUCACAUCGAAAUCGCUGCCCACUAAUGACGCUCUGACUGGCAACCAUGUCCAGGGAAACUCUGUCAACGGGAACUCGUUGAUGAAUGGAGCUACGAUUGAAAUUGUGACAAUCCUCGUGGAUGACCGCAUUCCGAAGCAGAGAUCUCUCGCCCUCGUCCUUCAAGACCAACUGAAUUCUGCCAGCGGUAAGAAUUGCGACUGCGUGGACGUCCAAUCUAUAGAACCUGGGUGUCUCGACAGCGCCAGCUGCAUAUCGCUUCUUGAAGUCGACAGGCCAUUCCUGGCGCGUUUGGAACGGGAGGAAUUUACAACGCUCAGGCAAAUCGUGUCGUCCUCAAAGGAUAUCCUGUGGGUGUCACAGGACUCUGCAAAGCCGUCAGCGCCUGAGUUCAGCCUAAUCGACGGAUUUGCCCGUGUCAUGCGCGGCGAAUACCCGACGCUCAAGCUUGUCACCCUCGCGCUUGAGCCUCAGUCGAAACUGUUGGAUACCUCACUGGCCAUCCUCGACCGGUGGGAACGCAUGAUGAGGACCGAUCACUCGCACACCGAGGCCGAGUGCCGCUUGCGCAACGGACUGAUCGAGAUACCGAGGGUGGUUCAUUCGGAGAGCAUGAACCACUUAAUAGCAACGAGGAGCAAGAAGCGGCAAGUCGUGGAGAAGUAUCGUCUGGGCGAUGCGCCUCCGCUAUCAGUUCGCGUCGAUUCGCCGGGUGUGUUGGACUCGGUCUGUUAUCACGAGAUAGACAACGAAACGACGUCGAAGCUCCUCGCGGAAGAUGAGGUCCUGGUCCGGGCACGCGCCUUCGGACUCGGCCCCAGAGACUACCUAAUUGCGUCGGGACGUCUCAACGAACAGAACAUGGGGAUGCAAUUAGCCGGGGUUGUCGUGGAGGCUGGUGCGACAUCUGGUCUUCAGACCGGUGAUCGGGUAUGUGUUGUUCGCCCUGAUGGCUUCCAGACACUGGUGCGCUGUAAGGCCAACACCGUGACUCGGAUCCCAGAGAAUAUGUCUAACGCCGAUGCCUCACUGCUUUCGGUGGCUUCUAUUGUUGCUCUCCACGCCUUGACAGGUUCAGGCCAGCUUGAGGACUGCGAUACGGUGCUGGUUCACAACGCAGCGAGCACCACUGGCCAAGUCUUGAUACAGCUUGCGCAAAGCAUCAAGGCGCGAGUAUUGGCUAUCGCCAAAACGAGGGAGCAACGAAGAAUGCUUGCUGAUGUUUAUAAGAUACCUGCCAGUCAUAUUCUGUCCAAGGGUGGUCGGAGAGUAUUGGACGUGACCGAAGGCCAAGGCGUCGACCUUGUGGUUGCACUGUCGCCGAGCCAAGAUGAGACGGAAUUCCUCUUGGAAUGUCUUUCUAGCAUGGGGAGAUUUGUCUUAGUUAGCGAUGACCAGCAGGCCAGCACCGUGGGGGGCCAAAUCGGUGCAAAUGCAUCUUUUUCACGCCUCGACGUCACUGAGCUUUUUCGGGGUCGGCCGAAUUACGCAGCUAAACUCUUGAGAAAAGCCGAGACAUUGCUUCAGAAUGGAACGGUUUACCCGGUGGCUGGUGUACUCACCCUACCGGCUGAAGACACUAAGAGCGCCUUGGGCUUCUUCGCUGGCGGAGACGAGAUCGGUGGCAGUGUCAUCGAGCUGAGAGAGGACAGCUUCGUCAAGACAAAUUUGGUAGUCAGGCCUCUUUACUCGUUCAAUGCCAACAGCACAUAUGUGAUUUCUGGAGGGCUGGGCGGUAUCGGUCGUAGUAUCGCUCGUUGGAUGGUGGCUAGAGGGGCCCGUUAUCUGCUGCUUCUAUCGCGCUCCGGGACCUCCAGACCGGCUGCACAGGCUCUUGUGGAUGAGCUGACGAGUCAAGGUGCUCAGGUGCUCGCACCUCCAUGUGAUAUCACGAAUAUCGAUGAGCUCAAAAAUGUUGUGGAAGAUGCCAGCCAAGUUAUGCCACCCAUCAAGGGCUGUAUUCAGGGAGCAAUGGUUCUCCGGGACUCUAUUUUCGAAAACAUGUCCUGGGAUGACUGGUCAGAAAGUUCAAGGCCCAAGGUCUUGGGAUCCUGGAAUCUGCACCUCGCGAUGCCCUCAGGUCUAGACUUCUUCACGCUACUGUCAUCCAUUUCAUGCAUCCUUGGUGGUGUCAGCCAGUCCAACUAUGCCGCUGGAAACGCCUACAUGAAUGCACUUUGUCACUAUCGGCAUUCGAUCGGCGAGCGAGCCAGCAGCGCUGUCAAUCUGGGUAUGCUGGUCACCGAAGGUGUUGUAGCCGAGAGCGAGGAGCUCUUGGCCGUAAUGCGUGGCAUGGGCCAGUUCAUGGAGAUCCAGGGUGAGGAGAUGUUUGCUCUAUUGGAGCAACAUCUGCAGCCACGAAAGGCUUCAGAGGAUGAUGCAGAAAGCUGCCAGCCCAUCUUUGGAAUCCAGUUGCCCGCCGCUAUGGAGGCGGCUGGAAAGGAAGUUCCAAAUUACCUGACAAGUCCCAUGUUCCGACACUUCCAUUAUGCAGACACGGACUUGAAGAAUGGACGAAACAUGGCAUCGGCUGAGCGGCAGGUGGAUUUCGCUUCUGCCAUUAGCAGGGCCGAAACGACAGCCCAGGUAGCCGGCGACAUGAUACAGUGGCUCACGACUAAGAUGUCACGAGUCUUGGGACUGGAGAUAGCGGAUAUCAACGCGAGUAAGCCAAUCAGCUCGUACGGGAUUGACUCUUUGAUAGGGAUGGAGAUUAGGAAUUGGUUUGAGAGGGACCUUGGGGCAAAGAUAGCCAUCUUCGAGCUCCUGAGCACCACCAACAGCAUCGCGGACUUGUGCGCCAGUGCAGCGACAAGGUCGCGAUUCCGAAGCGAACAGACUGUUGGAUGA